AUGAUCAAACCUCUGGUCCAGGCGGAGGAGCCCUCUGCGUCUCCCCCGAGCAAGAAAGACGUGGAGCUCUUGCUGGUGAAGGAGCAGAACGGGGUGCAAUACACCAGCAGCCACCUCCUGGAGCACGCCGGCCCCGGGUACAGCUCCGCCGGCGCCCCGCUGCAGGAGCGCGAGACGUGGGGCAAAAAGAUCGACUUUCUGCUCUCCGUGGUGGGCUUCUCGGUGGAUCUGGCCAACGUCUGGCGGUUCCCUUACCUCUGCUACAAAAACGGAGGAGGUGCCUUCCUCAUCCCUUACUGCCUCUUCCUCAUCAUUGCAGGAAUGCCUUUGUUUUAUAUGGAACUUGCUCUGGGCCAAUAUAAUAGAGAAGGGGCUGCUACAGUAUGGAAAAUAUGCCCAUUGUUUAAAGGUGUGGGCUAUGCUGUGAUCCUCAUAGCACUCUACGUUGGCUUCUACUACAACGUUAUCAUCGCCUGGUCUCUCUAUUACCUGUUUGCCUCCUUCUCCAUGGGCGAGCUUCCCUGGGUUCAUUGCAAUAAUCACUGGAACACCCCCAACUGCACAGACCCCAAACUCAAUAACUCUAUGUUCUUCAACGUUAGCUCCAAGCUCAAGAAUACUCCUGCUGCUGAAUUUUACGAGCGGAGAGUUUUGCAAAUUAGCCAUGGAAUUCAUGAAAUCGGCCAGCCCCGGUGGCAGCUGGUGCUGUGCCUCUUGGUGGUAGUGAUAAUCCUCUUUUUUAGCCUGUGGAGAGGGGUGAAGACUUCUGGAAAGGUUGUAUGGAUAACUGCGACAUUGCCUUACGUUGUGCUGUCGGUGCUACUCAUCCAUGGGCUAACUUUGCCUGGGGCAUAUGAGGGAAUCAAGGCGUAUCUCAACAUCGAUUUUGGACGAUUGAAAGAAGCUCAAGUAUGGAUUGAUGCUGCCACACAGAUAUUCUACUCCCUAGGAGCUGGGUUUGGGGUCUUGAUCGCCUUUGCAAGCUACAAUGAAUUCCACAACAAUUGUUACAGGGAUGCCCUGAUGACUAGUACGAUCAACUGUGUCACCAGCUUCAUCUCUGGCUUUGCCAUUUUUUCUAUCUUGGGCUACAUGGCUCAUAUAUACAAAGUCAGUAUUAAAGACGUAGCUACAGAAGGAGCUGGGCUGGUUUUCAUCCUUUAUCCAGAAGCUAUUUCAACCCUCAACGGAUCGACAUUUUGGGCAAUCGUGUUUUUUAUAAUGCUCCUUAGCCUGGGCAUAGACAGUUCUAUGGGUGGCAUGGAAGCGGUCAUAACCGGUUUGGCAGAUGAUUUCCAGAUCCUGAAGAGAAACAGAAAGCUGUUCACACUUGCUGUCUGUAUUAGCACUUUCCUCCUUUCCCUCUUGUGCGUAUCCAAUGGGGGUAUCUACAUACUGACUUUGCUGGAUAAUUACGCUGCUGGGACCUCCAUCUUGUUUGCUGUUUUGGUGGAAGCCAUUGGCGUUUCCUGGUUUUACGGUGUGGACCGAUUCAGCGAAGACAUCCAGCAAAUGUUGGGUUUUAAACCGGGCAUCUACUGGCGAUUGUGUUGGAAAUUUGUCAGCCCCGGUUUUUUACUGUUUGUAAUCUUAGUGAGCGUCAUAAAUUCCAAACCGUUGACUUACGACCAAUACACCUUCCCUGCCUGGGCCACCUCUGUCGGAUGGGCUGUGGCCUCAUCUUCCAUGAUCCUUGUGCCUGCAUACAUCCUCUACAAAUUGCUAAGGACGCCGGGGACCUUUCAACAAAAAAUAGCGUACUGCAUCACACCACACAAUGAACAGCCUCUAGUAGACCAAGGAAACGUGAGACAGUUUAAGCUUCAACAUUGGAUAUCCAUAUGA